UGAACUACAAUUCCUAACAUGCAUCUGGUCAUACAGCGCAGACUCACGUCGGUUUAUUUGGUAUACAAACGGGCAGCAGGAAGCUCAGCUCAAAAUUGUCCGGAAGGUGUGAUGGAGCGGAAAGGUGUCUGAGGCCAGAGAGUUCUGACCAGGGCAGUGCAGCCAUGACGGAGUGCUUCCUGCCCCCCAGCAGCAGUCCUGCGGAGCAGCGCAGGGCAGAGCACCCAGGGGGUGUGGCCCGCACCCCGAGCUCUGAAGAGAUCAGCCCCACCAAGUUCCCUGGGCUCUACCGCACGGGCGAGCCGUCACCCCCCCACGAUGGACACCACCACGAGCCCCCUGAUGCCGUCUCAGACGACGACAAGGAACACAGCAAGAAGAAGAACAAGUUUAAGAAAAAAGAAAAGAGAACGGAGGGCUACGCCGCCUUCCAGGAGGACAGCUCGGCAGACGAAGCGGAGAGCCCGUCCAAGAUGAAGCGCUCCAAGGGCAUCCACGUGUUCAAGAAGCCCAGCUUCUCCAAGAAGAAGGAGAAAGACUUCAAGGUGAAGGAGAAGGAGAAGGGCCCCAAGGAGGACAAGGCCAAGGACAAGAAGUCCAAGGACCUGACGGCCGCGGACGUGGUCAAACAGUGGAAGGAGAAGAAGAAGAAGAAAAAGCCCACGGCGGAGGCCGAGCCGGUGCCCGUGGAGACCCCCACCCUCAGGCCCAUCUUCGGGGCCCCUCUUGCCGAGGCUGUGAAGCGAACAGCCCUCUACGAUGGCCUCCAGCUGCCGGCCGUUUUCAGGGAGUGCAUCGACUACAUCGAGAGCUACGGCAUGAAGUGCGAGGGGAUCUAUCGCGUGUCGGGUAUGAAGUCCAAGGUGGACGAGUUGAAAGCCGCCUACGACCGUGAGGAGUGUCCCUGUCUGGAAGAGUACGACCCCCACACGGUGGCCAGCCUGCUGAAGCAGUACCUCCGUGAACUGCCGGAGAACCUGCUGGGCCGAGAGCUGGCCCAGCGCUUUGAGGACGCCUGCAGUAGACAGGGCGAGGCGGAGAAGGUCACCGAGUUCCAGCGGCUGCUGACAGAAGUGUCCCCUGGCUGCAGGCUCAUUCUCUCCUGGCUGGUCACCCACAUGGACCAUGUCAUCGCCAGGGAGGCUGACACCAAGAUGAACAUCCAGAACAUCUCCAUAGUCCUCAACCCCACCGUCCAGAUCGGGAACCGGGUUCUCUACGUGUUCUUCACGCACGUGAGGGAGCUGUUUGGAGAAGUGGUGCUGAGGCCCGUGGUGCGCCCCCUGCGCUGGUCCAACAUGGCCGCCAUGCCGGCGCUGCCUGAGACCCAGGAGAGCAUCAAGGAGGAGAUCCGCAGACAGGAGUUCCUGCUGAACUGCCUGCACAGGGACCUCCAGGCAGGGGUGAAAGACCUGUCUAAAGAGGAGAGACUGUGGGAGGUGCAGCGCAUCCUCACUGCUCUCAAACGCAAGCUGAGAGAAGCCAAACGGCAGGAGUGUGAGAGUAAGAUCGCACAGGAGAUAGCAAGCCUCUCCAAAGAGGACGUGUCCAAAGAGGAAAUGACAGAGAAUGAGGAAGAGGUGGUCAACAUCUUGCUAGCACAGGAGAAUGAGAUCCUGACAGAGCAAGAGGAACUGAUCUCUCUAGAGCAGGUGCUGCGCCGGCAGAUAGCCACUGAGAAGGAGGAGAUUGAGAGGCUGCGGGCUGAAAUUGCUGACAUACAGAGUCGGCAGCAAGGCCGCAGUGAGACUGAGGAGUACUCCUCAGACAGCGAGAGUGAGAGUGAGGAUGAGGAAGAACUGCAGAUGAUCCUCGAAGACCUACAAAAGCAGAAUGAAGAACUGGAGAACAAGAACACCCACCUGAAUCAAGCUAUCCACGAGGAGCAGGAAGCCAUCUUGGAGCUGCGUGUCCAGCUCCGUCUCCUUCAGAGCCACAAGCUGCAGCAGGAACUGACGGUCCCGCCUCCCUCGGAGCAGGCUCCUCCCACACAGCCCAGCCCAGAGGCCAGGAAUGAGGAGCAGACCAAGCGCUCCAUGGUUCCUGUGACAACCGUUACAGAACAACCUGCCUCCACCAAUGGCAAGCCCUGCAAGGAUGCCGCUAAACCUUCGCCAAGUAAAGAUAGGAGGGAGACCAACCUGUGAAGUCUGCUCAUCUCUGUUCCCAUUUAGCCUACAUACAUACUGCUUUACAUUUCCAGCUGUUCAAAGCCCUAGGAAGUCAACAGCCACAUGUCUAUUAUCGCUCCACAAUUAGGCAAGUCAGUGCAUGCUAGCUCCACAUAAGGUUGAAAACUGACCAAGGUUAUGAACUUGUUAUUUACCCAUGGUAAAUAACCAGUGCAUAAUGAAAUUGCCUAUAGCUGACGCGUCAAUGGAAUUGAGGCCAACAUGAGAAAGUAGGAGGGACCAUGCGUCAGAAUAGAAAGCUCCCUAGUGCCAAGCCUUUGUGUUAGGGAGGGCGGGAGCUGGAGGAACUGAAGGGAAAGGGUAGUAUUGGAAGUGUGAGGAAGGCACCCUACCUUUGCAGUUUUUAGAAGAUCCUGCUUUUAGACCUUAAGGACAAGAUCAGACCAAUGUAUUCACCCCCUAUAAUGACCCCCUCUCCCAGUCAGUCUCAGAUGGAACCACCUGUUUGGAAUGCAACCACUGUGCCAUAACCGAAGCUGCAAGACUGGACGAGUUGCACAAUAGAACCACUAGGACAAAUGCUCUUUGAAAUAUGAAGAAUUUUUGAUGGGUCUCUAUAUAUUAUAUAUAUUUACAUAGUAUUCUAGAAUAUUUGGAGGACUAAUUAUGCAAAUAUGUUGAUUUGAAAUGACAUGCCAUAUAUAUAUUUGGCACAAUCUGGUGUUUGUGAGAACUACAGAUGUACAAACAUGAGAACUGGUGGACCGUGCCUGGUAACUGACCUGUGCAUUAUGUACUCUGUACACAAAUUGCAUUUGCAUCUCUUAACGCAAUAGGGUCAUGACUCGUGAUGUCUGUUAUGAGUGAGUACAAGCCAAUAUUUUAAGUCAAUCAUUUCAGACUCUAUAGUAUAUGAUCUUUUCCAAUUACAAUGUGCUACCCAUCUACCAUCAUUACAGUGUAUCUGUGAUGGGUAAAACAAAGGCACAGCAUAUUGUGCAUGUACAUUAUUGUAAAAUUGGAAAUGUGCUGUAUUUUCAGCUGUUUUUUCCAUGUUAUUUUUUAUUUUAAUGCUCUAAAUAGAGGAACUUUGUAUGUGUGGGACUGCAUUUGAAUAUGGCAAAUCAAAGCAAUCUGAUGAUAGGACACCCCAAAUUAUAUAGUAGAUUAACCUAAAGUGAUUGUAAUGGAUUACUGCUAGAUGUGGCUCAUAAUCUUUCCUUCUCAUAAAAUUAUUUUCAUAUUAUUAAAGGCUUUUGUAGCUUGUAUUGUUGCAGACAAAAUAAUGCUGUGAAAAUAAAGUGUCAAUCUUAAAAUAAAUAAAAAAGAUUGUAUCUCU